GAGGGAGAGAGAGAGAGAGAGAGAGAGAGGGAGAGUGACAGGGAAGUGGUGAGGAUGAAAGUGGUAUAGCGAUAAAAACACAGAUAGAAAAAGACAGGUACAGAGAUUGGGACUAGAGGAUCAUUAGAUUUAAAAGACACAGAAAAAUCCAAAGAAGUGCUCACAGAAAUAGAAGAAGGUUGUGAAGUGGAGCAGAGACCAUUGGACUGAAGCAGACCCAUCAAGGAAAAGAAAAAAGAAAAAAAAGAGGACGAGAGACAUUAAAGACAUUUUGACGCUCAAACCCAAGAGGCUGGCAAGACGGAAUACCUUUAUAGGUUAAACCCAGUGUUUGGAGUAACAACAAAAAACUGAGGUGACUGACAGAUUGGAUUCGUCCCUGAAUUCUGCUGGCUUUUCAUGUUAUUUUAGAAGUCUUCCCAUGAUUCUACUCUGCUCUCUCGGCAUGCUCCCACUGCUGUCCCUGUGUCUGGGAGCUGUGUUGACCCCACCAGACGCACCCCCGGCAUGCACCCAGCGUCCCUGCAAGGACAGUCUGGUGGCCGCUCCACCUACGAGGACCGGGACAGGGUUAGGGUGGUGUGAGGGGCGCCCUGGGACGUUCGGUUGCAGGGUGGCGGUCGCGCCCCUGGCUGCCUCUGACCCCCCACUGAAAGUGGAACACAGACAAAAAAUCAGACAGGUCCAGCCGGAGGCCGGGGACGUGUCGGAACGUCUGGCCCAGUUGCAGCACUGUAUGCGUUCCCUCCGGGAGCCGGGGACCCAGGAAGGCCAUGGAGGGGAUACACUGGGGGCCAUUCUGGCUCUGAUGGCUGCUGUGAUGACAGAGUGUGACCUCCGCUGUCACAGACCGACCCUCAGGGCCAUGGCCAGGCGACUGGAGGGGGCAGCGGUUGGGAGAGAGAGAGAAAAAGACCUGCUACUGCUAUUGAGAAGCAUCACACAACACCCCCCAACAGUGGCCCCCUCGGGGAGGCUGCACCCUCAGGACUGUGCUGAGAUCUAUCGUCUGGGGAUCAAAGAGAAUGGAAUCUACACCAUCCAGCCUGACCCACAUAGACCAGAACUGGAGGCGGAGUGUGACAUGGAGACGGCAGGUGGGGGGUGGACUGUGUUCCAGCGUCGGCGAGAUGGCUCGGUGGACUUCAACCGGACGUGGCAGGAGUACCGUGAGGGUUUUGGUUCUCCACAGGGUGAACACUGGCUGGGGAACGCAGCGCUGCAUGCCAUCACCAACAGUGGUCAACACCAGCUGCGUAUCCAACUGGAGGACUGGCACCAACAGACACGCCAGGCCACCUACAACACCUUCAGAGUGGCAGCAGAGGCGCAGAGGUACCGUCUGACGGCACGCGAGUACUCUGGCGACGCGGGCAACGCCCUAAGCUACAGUAAACGCUACAACCAUGACGGCCGAGCCUUCAGCACCAAUGACCGGGACCACGACCGCUACAACUCGGGGAACUGUGCGCAGUACUACGGUGCGGGCUGGUGGUUUGACGCUUGUCUAGCAGCCAACCUAAAUGGACAUUACUACCGUGGACGCUACAGCGGGCUGACUAACGGCAUUUACUGGGGUACCUGGUACAUCCUGACGGACAGCCGCAGCGGAGAGCGCUACUCCUUUAAGAGUGUGGAGAUGAAGACACGGCCACAUAACUUCUAGUAAAGCCUGGGCCUGGAUGAGCCGGUAGGCCCUGAGCUUGUUUCCGGAGUGUAAAUCCUGGGUGGGGAACCCAUGCCUGGUCUCAUAUCUGUUUGUGCUGACGGGUCAACCCCUCACACAAUCAGGUCUGGGACGAGGCUAGGGAAAUCAGGCAAAUAUUGUAGCGUUGUGUCCUCGUAAAUUAGUGGAUGACUAGGAGUUUGAUUCCCUGGAUAAUGUUGGGAUUGUGAGCUAAAUCAGUUCUUUGAGGUGUAAAUAUGGUACUGAAUGGGUUGGUUGGGUACUGAAUGAAAUUGGUUGGGUAUCUCUAUCCUUAUUAUUCAAUUACAUUGUGUUGAAUUACAACAGUAAGCUUCUGUGAUCCUAUCCAUCAUCCAUCCACCCACCCAGAUGUAGUUUUUCUUUUUACUAUAAGUAAAGUUUUUAUAUAUAAACAUGCAUGUAUGUUAUGCAUAUCUUUCCACAACAAUUACAUGUAGACUUUUAUAUUGACAAUCAUGGCUAUAAAGAAAUGAUUCUUGAAAUAAAUGCCUGUUACUUUUAUAA